UUGCUUAUGGACCCGAUUUUUGCAAGUCGACCACAUCUGUUAUGCCAUAGUUAUAGCCAACUGGUGCUGUGGAUCAUAAUCCGGAUCUGCUCCUGCCUCCAAAAGCACACGGGCUAUAUCGUGGUACCCUUUCCUAGCCACGCGUAUUAAACGUGUUUAACAGUUUCUCAUGCAUUCUACAUCACCGCCCUUGAAAAGUAUGAAGCGGACAAUGUAUAUUGCGCCAGAUUCACGGGCAGCCAUGAAACAAUCUAUCCAUUCAAACAAAGGAUCAUCCUGCGGAGCUGCGACAUCCACAAGCUUCUGGAAGAUAUUUACGUUUCCACCUCUAGCAGCAAAUACCAUAGCCCUGUAGAAUCUAUCAUCAGAUCUCCGUACUCCGAGCUUAGGCUGAAGAAGAAGGUCUACUAUCUCCUCAUUCCGGCGUAAGCAACUGCUUGGAGCGGAGUCCGAGGAUGGAGUCGGUUAUAAAGCCGAUAGAUGUAUGCUGGAUCUACACGGAACUUGAGUAGAAGGUUCACCAUCUCCUUGUUCCCUCUAUAUGCCGCAAUGCAGAGUGGUGGCCCAAAUAUCUCGCUUGGUUGGUUGCACGAAACCCCCCCUUUCAACAACUCGGUGGCCAGCUGAAUGUUGUCAUGAUGAACUACCGCGGAUAAAAUGUGAAUAAGAGACUGAGGCAUAUGUGUUGUACGGCGGUAUCCCCGUGACCGUGCGCAAUCUCGUGCAAUAAUAGCUCUUGUAAGUGUGUAGGUAUUAUAGUCUUGCACGCUGCCCCGAUCAGAAGCAAAGUUUUCUCAACCAUAACCUCCCGAGACGUUGUAUUUUCGGCACGGAGUAAGGGCUUAGCCGUUUCCCUGAUGGUUUGAACCACAAAGGUUGGGUUAUCUUCAUCUUGGAGAAUUCUGAGAAUUAUGUAUCUAUUAAGCAUGGCAAAGGUGGCCAAUAUCUCGCGGUCUCAAGCAGAGUAUUCAUCACUCCCGUAUUCAUAUCGGCCUGGGUAAUGCCAAAGUCAAAGGGUUCUAGGGUAUAGCAAGAAGCGACAGCCAGAUAGUAAUUGAAGUUAUUCUGUAGCAACGUCAUUGCAGAUAUAUCAAUAUAUGUCAUACAUACUGCAAACAAGCCUCACUGUGUGCGCUUCUUGAGGCCAGAUAAGAACCAAAUGUCGGAAUAUUUCAUCGCAGAGUUCAGGAGGGAGAUCCAGCAGGCCCAUGGUUGUCAUCGGGGUAGAUUCUCAGUGCGACUCCUUUGUGUUGGGAAUCAUUUAUUCUUAUCACAUCAAGUGCCGAAGAAUGAAAGCCCGUAUGCCGUUUGUUUUUUGAAGUUGUCAAGUUAUGGAGUACAAAGGACGGAGUUCUAGUUAACUACCCCUGACCUCAACAUUAUUUUGUUAACUAACAAUUAGUUAACUAAUCCGCGAACAUAUUGGCUAACUUACUUUAGAGUAGAAUUUUUGAUAUUGAUGUGGAUCACAUCGCGGAGCAAUGAGCCGAAAAGGGGUAACUGGUUAUCUAACUUAGUGAAAAAAUCAACCAUAACCAGGCAUAUACCCACUCGCGAUAUAGUCCGCGGGAUCGCUAGGUAUAUAUAGUCGAUACUCACACCCACAUUUACCUCAAAACCCCAUACCUGUUCAGUUCCUUCGUUCCUCAGAUACCUUCCACCAAGACAAAAUUCCCAGCCGCGUUUGACAGUUGUUGUUUCAAUGUUUUUGAGAAGUACCAUCCAUCGAGCUGCGAAAGGGGUCUUUUUCAAUACGUCUUGUCUCUCCGCACAUGGAUUCUCUAGUCGUGUUCCCAGGCUGAUUGGCUCGUAGUUUCGCCGAAUAGCUGACUACGGAACAUUUGGAGAAUACGACCGUCUAAGACGAAUCGAUGACCCCGAGACUAUCAUCAGGUGGAAGCUACAGAGUCAUUUUCCUUGGGACUGGGUGGUCUAUCGAACUUCAUACAGCGACGAAGAAGCAUGGCAGAAAAUGCUUCAAAUCAUGCGUGAAAAGAUUGAAAAAUCGCUUGAAUUACACGAACGAAUGGAUCUGCUUCCUUUCCAUGAGAUGAUAAUCAUGGACGAUAAGGCUAAAUUCGAAGGCACCACGUCGCAUGAUAUCUGUGAUCACUUCAUGGAGUCUAUGGAGCAUAUGAGAAGCCCUGUCGUAAAGAUGCUGGCCAAAAACUUCGGCACGCGGAAACCAGAGGAUAGACACUAUACAGUAUAUCUAGAAUGGGAGUAUGGCAAAACAGAAAAAAGUGACGAGGACGUUGGUAGAUGUAUACUUAGUUAUGGAAACUGUUUCGAAUUAUAAUAUGAUGAUGGAGACGCACGAGUGGUAUAACGAAUAUCGGCGGCCGCCUAAUACAUAGUACUCAGUAGACAAAAGUAAAUUACCGGGCUACUUGCGUAAGUGUACGAAUGUCGAAUAAAUCUAUCCUUGGCCAGGCUUUACUUGGUCACUGCUCCAUACGACUAUGACGUGCGCCAACAGCUAGGUGAAGAGACUAAAAUA